AUGGCGAACAAUGAUGAUAAAAAAGAGGAUGAGAAGAACCCGAUGGAUAAUGUCCGCUUUAAGAUGGGCAAAAAGUGCGUGGCUUUCGGCUUUCAAAGAUUUACAAAACUGGUCCGGACCGAUCAAAGAACGGUCACAAAGUGUAGCAAACGAAAAAUUUCCGCGAAGAUGUGUUAGAAAACGUAGCAAAUUCGAAUUUUCCGCAGACUCUCCGGCUGGAUAAUCGAAAAGACGCUGGACGAGGGCGGAUUCGGUCAAGUUUAUCUGGUUCGGCACGAGGGCGGAAAACGAUGGGCGGCGUUGAAGGCGGAAUCGAACGACGUCGAGGGCGGCUCGGCCAUCAAGUUGGAGUCGUUGAUUCUGAUGAAAUUGAACAAGAAUGGCCCGAAUCCGCACAUUCCCAUCCUGUUUGCCGCCGCGAAACGGGAAAAAUAUUGUAGGCUCGAGCACAUGCUGUUUUUUUCCUUUCGUUUGUAGAAAUUGUGUAUACCCUUGUGCCUAAUUCACUCAUUCACUUCAAAAAAUCAUUUGAAAGGUGGUACAAUAGCUAAUUCUGAAGUUUUUGACGUUUUUAGAGUUCGCGGAAUCCCUUUGUCUGAUUUGUCGAAGUGAAUCAGUGAAUGACUGUGAAAAGGCACUAAAAAUCGCAUAUUUGUUGCAGGCUACAUGAUCAUGACGUUGCUCGGCGAAAACUUGAAAUCGCUGAAAACGAAGCGUCCGAAAGAGCGGUUCACACGUGGCACGUGGUCCCGACUGGGCAUUCAGUGCCUCUAUUCGCUCAAAUUCAUGCACGACUGCGGAUUCGUGCAUCGUGACAUCAAACCGCAGAAUUUCAUGAUGGGCAACGAGGAGGACAAGGAACGCGCGCGCAUUGUGCACGUCCUCGACUUUGGACUCGCCCGGCCCUUUGCCACCUACGUACCGUUUUUUUUUUUGAAACCGCGGUUUUCGAGCAAGAAAACGCCUCGUUUUGCAGAGCGAAAAAACGAAAAAAUGGACGGCGCGGCGGGCACGUGGCACCGCCGAAUUCCGCGGAACCCUUCGCUACACGUCGCCGAAUGUGCACAUGCGCAAGGAGCAGGGCCGCGUCGACGACGUCUGGUCGAUGAUGUUCGUGCUGAUCGAGCUGAACGGCGGCCUUCCGUGGCAGACGGUGCAGAGUCGAGACGAGGUGGAGGCGAUGAAGAUGGGAAUGCCCGAUCGGCUGGUCAUGCUCAACAUGCCCCAGUGCCUUUCCGGCGUCAUUCCGCACCUCCGCACGCUCGACUACUAUCAGAGACCCGAUUAUCAGUACGGUUUUUGCCUUUCGAAACUUUUUUUUUCGCUUGUUCACUUUCAGCAUGAUUUUCAAGGGACUCUGGCAAGUGAUGCUCAACGAAGGACAGACUCCGAGCUCUCGAUUCGACUGGGAAACCAAGGAUCCUGAUGUGAGUGCGCGUUUUCGGUAAUGUUCUAGGCUAGGCUGUGCAAGCGGCAAUGAACCGAUCGGGCCGAAACUUUGCAGGCCGAUCGGGCGUUUUGGUCUCGAGAUAUACUGAGAAAAAUCUAGGCUUUUAGGCGCAAGCGAAAAGUCAUUUUGCAGCCUUCGGUGCCACCAGCGGAUUGGGAAAACCCCGACGGACGCUAUUUCAAGGUAAAGCUCGCAUUUUGAGUGAAAUUUCGACUGAAAAUGUGCAGACGGACGUGACGAGAAUUAACGGACCACCCGGCGGACCGCCCGGCGGAUCGACGAUGGGCGCCGCCGAGAGCACGAACAACGCCGAAGGAGAGGCGAAGAGCGACAAGUGUCCGUCGGGCGGCAAGAAGAAGAAAAAGAAGGAGAAUAAGUAG